AUGCAAAGAAACCCCUCCAACCACAACCACACAGCAACGUCUCAUUCAACCACAACAACACCGCCACCAUCAGUACCAUCUCAACAGUUGUAUUUAUUCACAGAAAGUGCAACAGUCUUCAAACAACAACCUCCGCCUUCUCGACAUGAACAAAUCAUGACAGAGUUGAAUGCCUUGGCGCCAGGCGAAGCAUCUGCAUCGUCGCCAGCGUCACUGGUGCAUAUUGAAACCAUUCCACAACAGGUACAACCUCAAAGAGAUGAUAAAGGAAAUGUCCUAACAUCUCUAACACAUCAUCAACAACAGCAAGAAGGAGCAGCCUCAGUAAAUUUCAUGGAGGCGAGUCCUUCACACAUUCAGUAUUCAAGCCCCUUUGCUUCUAAUGAAAAUUAUAAGAGUGAACACAUUUCGCAACAAAUGUCACCAUCAACUAUGCCGCUGGUUGGUGGAAAAUAUCCACAAUUUUAUGGAGACCGAUCAGAUCAGAGAAUUGACUCACUCCAAUUAGUUCCAUUUGAAGCCACAUUACAUGAAGAUUUGGAAGAUGUUGAUAUUCACACCACAGAAGAAGAUACAUCCACUCUUCAAUCGCUACGAAGACGAUCCUUUCUACUUGCCAGGCCUUCCAAACAUUUGAAAUUCUAUUUUGGACUUGCUAUUGUUGUGGCAGUGUUGGGAUGGAUGGUUCCUUGCUUGUCACUACUUCCCUUAAUCGCCUUUUACGGAUACUUUAAAAAUUCACACAACCCGAGAGAACGAAAAUAUGCACGCUCCUCAAAAAAAGCAAUUUAUUUCCUCAUUCUGUUCGAUAUUGUCAUGUUCAUUGUGUUAUUUGUAAGUGUGACGAUUUAUGUUCUCGCCAGAGAAAGAGCAAAACCAAAUUUCAAUUAA